AGAUAUAGAAUAAUAUUAUCUUUAUUACAGUUGUCCAUCCACAAUGCCUCAAGCUCGUCGUAAAACUCCCUUCAGCGGGAAAGCUAAGAAACAACAGCUGCAAUCCAAGAAGCAGAACAAGACUUUACUUAUGCCCACGUCCUCCGGCAACACCAGUUUUGAUGUGGUCUCCGUAAACUACCAGCCAAACAGACGGGCCCAAAGCAACAGAUACACUCUCAAGUUCUACAGAGAAAGUGACGAGGAAUUAAAGAUGAAGAAGGAGGAGGCCCUUAAGGCUUUGGAGCCGGUAUCAGAACGGGAUAUGGAGAUAGACCCUUCCAAUUAUUUCCCCCCCGAACUUUCCUUCCCCCAGCGACCGCCGUGGGAUUUCAACAUGUCCCCCGCUCAAUUGGACGCGCAGGAGCAAAAAUAUUUCAGGGAGUACAUCCAGUCGCUGCAGAACUCGAAGCACUGGAAGGACAUCUCAUACUUCGAACUCAACUUGGAGACCUGGAGACAGUUGUGGAGAGUGCUGGAGAUGUGUGAUAUACUGUUACUGAUCGUGGAUGUUAGAUAUGCUGGCGCGAUGUUCCCGCCGUCCCUCUACGAGUAUAUAAGGAGAGUGGAUAAGGAUAUGAUAUUGGUUCUUAAUAAAAUCGAUCUAGUCCCUGCGCCAGCGGUCGCCGCGUGGAAAAAGUAUCUCACAGAGAGAUACCCGGGUUUGAAAGUCGUGUAUUUUACAUCAUGCCCCGGUUAUAACUUGGUUGGUUCCGGUACGGAUAAAGCGGGUCUCCAAGUGCGAAGACGGAAAGGCCGUCUGCGUAUGUGCGCCGAGGGUGCAACGAAACUAUUGGAAGCUUGCAAAGAAAUCGUCGAGGGUAAAGUGGAUUUGAGCGCCUGGGAGAAGAAGAUCCAAGACGAGGGUGACCUGGACUUCGAUGAAGCUGAAGUAGGAGAAACUAUCGUCGAAAAGCCGGAUACGACGUAUUAUAAUCACGAGAAAUAUAAAAAUGGCGUCCUAACGGUGGGGUGCGUGGGUACCCCUAAUGUGGGUAAAUCAUCGCUCAUGAAUGCCAUCAUGGGUAAAAAAGUGGUCUCAGUCUCACGAACCCCCGGACAUACGAAGCAUUUCCAGACUAUAUUUUUGACUAGUCAGGUCCGUUUGUGCGACUGCCCCGGACUAGUUUUCCCCUCGCUAGUUCCCCGGCCCAUACAAGUCCUCAUGGGGUCAUACCCCAUAGCCCAAUUACGGGAACCGUACACAACUAUCAGGUUCAUCGGGGAGCGUAUCGAUCUACCCUCAUUGUUACGUAUACAGCAUCCAGAUAACGAUGACACUUGGUCGCCUAGAGAUGUCUGUGACGGGUGGGCCAAGCAGAGGGGUUACCUCACAGCCAAGGCCGCUAGACUGGACACGUACCGCGCAGCGAAUAGCUUGUUGAGAAUGGCGCUCGACGGGAAGCUGUGUUUGUGGUUGAGACCUCCGGGCGGAAUCGAUACCUUCAAGAGCUGCGAUGAACUGAAGUACAUCAAGUGGGUCCAAGCCCAAUCGCAAUCGGACUCUCAGACCGAAUCGGUAUCGGACACAGAGACCGGUACGGAGUCUGACACCGAAGGUUCGGGAGAAUCUGACGAGGACGAACACACAGCCAUAGCAAACAAAUUCGCCGCCUUGUCUAACGAAUAAAUAUAUAAGUGUUAUAAAUUAUUGAUAAAUACAAAAUGCUUACAGAAAUAUAUUCCGAUAUAAACAA